CAUCUGCAAUUCCCCACCUCCCAGCGAAACACCUCACUCCCUCUCCCACCUCCGAAGCAGCAGCAGCAGCAGCCAUGGCCCCCAAGGCGGACAAGAAGCCGGCCGCGGAGAGCAAGGUGGAGAAGGCGGCGGAGAAGAUCCCCGCGGGCAAGAAGCCCAAGGCCGAGAAGCGGCUGCCGGCGGGCAAGACGGCGGCCAAGGAGGGCGAGGCGAAGACGAGGGGCCGGAAGAAGGGCAGCAAGGCCAAGAAGAGCGUGGAGACGUACAAGAUCUACAUCUUCAAGGUGCUGAAGCAGGUGCACCCGGACAUCGGCAUCUCCUCCAAGGCCAUGUCCAUCAUGAACUCCUUCAUCAACGACAUCUUCGAGAAGCUCGCCGGGGAGUCGGCCAAGCUCGCGCGCUACAACAAGAAGCCCACCAUCACGUCCAGGGAGAUCCAGACCUCCGUCCGCCUCGUCCUCCCCGGCGAGCUCGCCAAGCACGCCGUCUCCGAGGGCACCAAGGCCGUCACCAAGUUCACCUCCUCCUAGACUGAGUCUGAUGAUGCGUCGCCUGUAUUUGGUUUCUGCAUCUGUAUCUGUACUGUUGACUCUGCGUAGCUAUCCAUCUGCAAGUAGUGCUGGUAGUCCGUGUGCUGGGUGAUCGCCAAUGCUUCAUUGGCAAAUUAAUUGGUUGUAAGAACUGAAGUUGUUGCAUUUGGCAGACUGAUAUCUACCUAGAACUGAAGUUGUGGUGGUACUAUAUCUGUAUCGGCGAUGGUCUGACCGAUGUUUGCUUUUCUACUCUUCUGAAAUAUUUGGUCAUUUGUA